GGUUUACACGCUCUGCUUUUGCAGCUGCUUUUAGGUCUGCAUUUUACUCUGCAAAGCAGACAUAGAGUUUACACAUUCUGCUUACCAUGCCUGCUUUCACUAUAUUAGCAUAUCAUUUCCCGCCAUUAGUCACAUAAACACGUGUAAACACAAUGGAAGAUUUUGAUAUUUUGCCUCCUCUUUUAAUAAUCAUUAUGGCUGCUGCAUAUCGGCAGCAUUUAAGAAAUAGAAGGAAAAGAAGGACAUGCUGGACUAGACCAUGGAUUCUGCGCAGACAAGAGCAUGGGGCACACCAUGCACUUAUGCGAGAAUUAUCUCAAGAAGAUCCUGAGAGUUACAGAAAUUUUGUGAGAAUGACACAGGAGGAUUUUACAGAGCUACUGGAUGAGGUGUCACCUUUAAUUGUUAAAAAGGACACCAUUAUGAGAAAAUCAAUUUCUCCUGCAGAACGACUUUCUUUAACUCUAAGAUAUCUUGCAACAGGGGAAAGUUACAAGUCCAUAUCAUACUUGUAUCGUAUUCCAGUGCCAACAUUGUCUAGUAUAAUCCCUGAGACGUGUGCUGCUAUAUACAAUAGCCUAAAAGAUGAUUAUAUGAAGGUAUGGUUAAAAUUUAAUAUGAAUGUAUGAUAUUCAUAGUUCAAGAUACUGUUGACCCA